UUGCUUAGACCAACGCACCUCUCAAUGUCAUAAACUUCCGCACCCCUUUCCCUUUUUCCUGACCCCAGCGAGCAAGUUCACUACGCUGUCGUACGAUUUGAGCUUAAGGAUGAUCUAAAGCUUUCCUUAGAAAAAACGUAUUUUCUGCGUACACAUUCCAGUUUAGUCUGUGGUGGGCAAAAGCGAAAGACCAAGAUGCGUCUGACGCUGCAGUCGUUGAUUUCCCACGGCCGAGUGGCCCGCAAAAUGGGGCUGGGACCCAAGUCCCGCUUGGACAUGCUGCGGAACAUUCUGACCGGACUGGUGAGACAUGAGCGCAUCGAAACCGUCGCUGCCCGGGCGGAUGAAGUCCGCUUCUACGCCGAGAAGCUAAUCGAUUACGCAAAGAAAGGUGACACAGACGAGAAGGCGAUGAAGAUGGCAACAUUUUGGUUGACGGAAAAGGACCUGGUACCAAAACUGUUCAAGGUGCUGGCCCCGCGCUUCGAACGGCAUUCAGACAGCUACACGCGUAUGGCCCGCAUUCCCAACCGGCAGAACCUGGACCGGGCCAAGAUGGCCGUGCUGGAGUACAAGGGCAACCCUUUUCCGCCGCUCUACCCGGUCAGAAAACAAAACCCGCUCACUCUAAUCAACCAGCUGCUGGCGGGCUACCGCGAGGACAAGGCCAACUCUGCACCGAAGCUGUGAAACAAUGGACACUUGCUACUCGUACCUAGUUUUUUUUUCUUCUAAUUUAAUUUAGCUCAUUUCUUGGAUGAGUCUUGUUGACCAGAAGAUUUGCUCUGUGAAACAAACUCCAUUGUUAAAUCAAAUAAAACCUCACUUGUUCAUAAUCAGAAUGAGUAUGGUGGCCAACAAGAAACCAAAACCUGUCGUGAACAAGCAAAAUUGAGCAGGUACUUCAUUCGGACAUAGGGUGGCGCCAGAAUUGAACUAAAUUGAAUAUUGAGUAUUCUCUCCCCUUGACAUAUUUUUUUGUAAAAGUUGGUUUAAAAACAAUGUCAAAGACAAAUGUUCCCAUGAACACAUUUAAAAAGGUUGUUCUUUGUAUUGUUUGCUUUAUUCUAAUAUAAAAAAGGAUUUUGUAGCCUAUUUGUAUUUGGGGGGAUACAAACGUCAGAAAAAGGCAAUUGCAAUAUUGCAUUGGCUUUUUUUUCUGUCCCUUGAAGGCAGCAGUAAAUAAAGCACACGAGACCUGUAGUAAAACAUGUUUUAAUUAUUAUUUUGGCCAAAACUGUAUCAUAAUCUACAGCAUAUUUGACACCAUUAAAAUGCAUUUAAACAGUG